AUGGAUAUAUGUAAUGAAAAUAUAAUAAUAAAUAAUGAGAGUGAAUGCGAAGAUAUAUCUAAAAAAAAUAAAAUAAAAAUCGCAAAUGGAUUGGUUAAAAAUUUUUGUCUUUUAAAAGAACUCGAUUUAUUAACAAUUAUAAAAAAUGAGGAGGAAAACAAAAAAAACUUUACAAAUAAAAAUAUUAGUUGUAACAUAGAAAACAUAAUUUGCGCAAAUAAACAUAUCUUAGAUUUCAUAUUUUUAAAAGAACGAAAUGACUUGAAAAUAAAAGAAAAGGAAAAAAAAAAGACAAUAAAUCAAUAUAUUGAAGAAGAUAUACUAAAGGAAAAAGAUAUAUUAAAUAUUAUUAGCACAUUAAAUAAAAAUGAAUUAAAUAUAUCUAUGUAUGAAAAUAAAAUAAAAAAUUGUGACGAAUUAAACAAUUUUAAACCUUUUAAUAACACAUUGCUAAUAAAUUAUAUUGAUAUACCGCCAGCAUUGAACAAUCCAAAUUCCUCUUCAAAAUUUCAUCAAAUUUUAAAAUUGUUAAUUAAAAAUUAUAAUAAUUCAUUAAAUAUAAUUAAAAUACAACAAAAUACAAUCAACGAUCUGAUCUUUUACGCACACAAUUUAUUAAUAAAUAAUAAAAUGUUAAUAGAUAAAAAUGGUAAAUUAGUUAAAAUUGCUAGUUCUAUUCAUACAGAAUUAAAAACCCAUAUACCAAAUAAUAAUAAUGCUGAAAUAAAAUUACCAAUAACAGAUCAGGAAAAUGCUUCCUAUCUAUUUAAGACACAAAUAGAUUUAUACAGAAAACAUAUUCAUUAUUUGUAUAACGAAAAUAACGAAUUAAAAAAAAUGUUAAGUACCCUUGGCACUGAAAAAAAAAUAUAUAAUAAAUGA